AUGUUCGCGCCUCGUGCAUGGAGACGACUGGUCAUCAUGUCUCUGACAACAUUAACUUGGGAUUCAUCCUGUGAAAAUCAGUCGAACGCACCACAAAACAGGACAAGAACCUGGGGAUCUCAUCAAUUCAAUAUAGACAAGGAGCCUUGUCGUAAAAUCCCCUUGAAGCCUGCUUUGUGGUCUCAACUGGGAAUGAACGAUUAUCUGGAAAAUUAUCCCGGAGGAUCAAAGAUAACUCUUCAGGAAUACGCGAGUCAAGUGGGCGCGACAGACUUCUUCCCUGGAAUUGGCGAGCAUCCACAUAGUGGUCAGUUGUGUGAAGCUGUGAAAGGUCGAGAUUGGUACGCGCUUGUGGCAGCUCAAAAUUGGAACUCAUUUGUUAACAGUCUGUAUGAUUCAGCUGGUUACGCGUACGAGUGUCCAGUAUGUGCAAUCAUCGUGGAUUUCUUCAGCAGUGUAAAUUGA